UUGUUUUUGUUUUGCUUUCUCCUCGUCUCUAACUCUACACUCUCUCUUUGGCCUACCGACGCUACGAUUUCAGUUGUAGAUCUGAGCCUAAAGAGAGACGCUUGUUCAAGAGCAGUGUUGAAUUAACGUGGAAUGGGCGGUUUAAAAGUUUGAGCCUGAGUGGAGGACUGCUGUGAACAGCCUUUAUUAUAAUAGCAGAUCAUGGUGAAAGCUGAAACAGUCAGGCACACGUUGCCAUAUGUUGCAGCAGCAGUGGGAUCAUGGUACUUUUACAAGUUGUUCAUCAGGCCCUUCUUGUCACCUCUGCGGAAGAUGCCUGGAAGACCUUACAAACCUUUGAUUGGUAACAUGUUCGAAGCUCUUAAGGAAGAAGCCUUGAAUAGCACUAUCAGAUGGAUGACGGAGUGCAAGUCUCGCAUCAUUCGAUUUUACUUUUUGUAUGGAGAAGAACGUGUGUUGGUAGCAGAUCCAGAAAUUGUCAAGCACAUCAUGGUCACUAACUCGAAGAAUUACGUUGAUUUGUCUUCCCAAAAUCUCAAUUCCAUUGUGCCGGGCUUUCUGUUGACUUUGAGUGGAGAGGAACAUCAUGCCCUGAGAAAGAUAAUCAAUCCUUCCUUCAACUCACAGACUGUGAAUGAUUUCAUCCCAGACUUCGAAGAAUUUUCAAGAAAAGUGGUUAGAGAUUGGGUUGAAGAGCUAAAAAAGUCUGGAUCUUCUUCAGCAACUGUCGCUGCUCAAAACUACAUGGGCCGAUUAACCUUGGAUGUGAUAUGCCGCUGUGGAUUUGACUAUGACAUGAAAGCUGUGGAGGACCCAGAAAAUGCUGCAGUGCAAAGUUUUCGACGGAUACUGCAAGGUUUUCAAAUAAGGUUGUCCCAGAUGCUUCCACUUCAAUGGCUACCCACAAAGAAGAACAGACAGGCCUGGGCAGACUUCAAGUUCUUCAGAGCAACCAUCGCUGGUGUCCUGCAGGAAAAACAAAGGAAACUUGAGCAAGGAGACAGUAGUAAAGACCUCCUGUCCUUAUUGCUGUUAGCGAGAGAUGAGCAAGGAAACGCUCUCAGUGAUGAGUGUUUGAGUUCACAAGUGGGUGGAUUUCUUUUUGCUGGAUUUGAGACGACCAGUAUGAAUCUGACGUGGACACUCCUUCAGCUGGCCGAGCACCCUGACAUCCAAGAGAAGGCCCGACAGGAAGUCAUGUCAUAUUUGCAAGAAAAGAAUCAGCCUAUCACUGUCGAGGUCAUCAACAACCUUCAGUACUUGACUUGUGUGAUUAAGGAAAGCCUGAGGUUAAUUCCUCCUGUUGGUGUUGUGUUUCGUAAGGCUCUGCAGCCUGACAUUCUAGGUGGCUACCCAGUCCCAGCUGGGACACCAGUGGGUGUCAGUAUCGGAGCAUUGCACAGAUUGGAAUCAAACUGGGAAGACCCUCUGACAUUCAAGCCAGAGCGUUUCUUGGAAAAAUAUGAUUACUACAAGUUCUUGCCUUUCGGAGCUGGCCCAUACAUGUGCAUUGGUCACAUUUUUUCUCUCACUGAGUCCAAAGUGGUGCUGGCUACCUUGUUAAGAAACUUUCGGAUGAGUUUACCGCCUGGAUACAAGUACAAGAGGAUUCGUCAGCUCACCAUACAGCCUAAGCCACCAUUGGAGCUUGUGAUAGAACCACUGUGAACUGGAGUGAGGAAUUAGGACAUUGCAGAAAAGCGUAGUUGAAAGUCAAAUUGUUACUUAGCCCUUUUGUGUCAGGUCCUGAACACUGUACAUCAAACAUAAGGAGCUAAAACUCUGCAUUCCUUUACAGCGUACGCCCUAAAAUGUACCAUAUGGGAUUUUGUUACUGUUCUACAAUAGUUUUUAAGAAGCUUAGAAACCUACUAAAAUUUUAUAAUCUGCAAUAAUGAAAAUGUACAAAUCACAUAAAUUUUUCAUUUUGAAAGAAUCUGCAAAAUAACUGAAACUGCUCACCACCCUAGCCAGCAAAUCUUGAGAACAAUAAACGUUAAAAGAAUCUUAUGUCAAGUAGGGUUAAGGGAGCAGAUGAGAACUGAUACAAGAUGAAUGAAUUAACAGGAUGUUUGGAGGGUUGUCAGCAACAGGAAUGUGUAUAAUCACAUGUAUGAAACCCUGACAGAGUAAGAGAAAAGUAGUUAAACAGUGCUGAUUUAUUGUAUUUUAUAAUCAUGUACUAUGUACUCCAAAAGAAGCUCUAAGACUUCACAAUCAUUGUUGAUUUCUUUACUGGUCUGUACUGUGUAAUGUACCAUUUCAGUCUUUUAAGAGAUACCUGAAUGAUGAUGCUAAAAGUUAUUUUAGAAAAUGGUUAACAUGGCAUACAAUAUACUCUAUAGAGGGUAAACAUUUUACCUCAAAUUUCACAUAAUGCAAAAUGAGGUACAGCAAGGGUUACAAGAGCUGAUUGAGAAUCUUUGAACUUUAUGUGCCCUAAAAUCUUGCCUUUGUUCGCUUAAUGAGAAACUUUCUGUAUAUUUUUUUUUGUGUUUGAGAAAUCGGAGUUGUAUAGGGCAUGUUUCUUGUAUAGCUGUCAAGGUAUGGCUGAAAAUUAAAGAGAGUAUUGUAUUAAAAUGUGACAUUCUGGAAUGGGAGGCUCGCACUGUGUUUAGAAUACAAAUUUGAUGGUUGUGGAGAAGCCCAUCAAUAAUCUUUAAAAAGUACAAAAAUGGGUAAUUGAUAAAGCCAUUUUUUGUUGUUUAUGUGCAGAGAAUUUUUUUUUAUGUGAUUGAUGUGGCUUUAUUAUUAUACUAUGCAAUGUUUUUUAUAUAAAAUGAUUUGACAGAAAGCUUUUCACAUUGUUUACUGUUUCUAUUGUUAAUGACAUGAUUUAUGAUCUUGGAAAAGCGACAUGGGGUAAAAUCUCUGGAGGUUGGAAAAAAAACUUGGUUCUUAUAAAAAAAUGAUGCUACUAUCUAUGUGUGGUUUAUCUUCAACUUGGAAGACUGAACUUUAGAUAAGCUUAUUUUCCUGUCCCAAAGUCUGGUCAAUACUCUGGUGUCAGUCUUUCUGGGAAAAUGAAGAGCAUUCCUGCCAGUAGCAAUUAUCUUGAAAUGGCAAAUUUUUCGUAUAGCAUUCAUUGUUGUCAAUUUUCGUCACAUAUUAAAUACUCAUGACGAAGCGCAUUACAACAUUG